UGACUGACUCCCUUAACAGUGUGCUGAUUACUGAACUAGGGAGCUGAUUGAGAUGCACACAGAUUUACCGUAGUUGAGAUCCAUGUCACAAACUUAUAAAGAUUGAAAACAUGAAGAUUGAAGAAGUAUUCAGUCUGAAGCAUGAAGAGACUGAGGAACAAAUAAAGAUGGCGUUUAUUAAAGAGGAGAGUGAAGACAUGAAGAUUGAAGAAGUAUUCAGUCUGAAGCAUGAAGAGACUGAGGAACAAAUAAAGAUGGCGCUUAUUAAAGAGGAGACUGAAGACAUGAAGAUUGAAGAAACAUUCAGAGUCAAACAUGAAGAUACUGAGGAACAAACAGAUUUGAAAGGACACAUGGACAGAAGACCUUUAAGGAAUCACCACCGAAAGUGUGAAGAGAAAUUUGAGAAUACUCGGGCCAAAAAGGACCACUGCAAAGAGAGUCAUGGUGAUGAACCUUGGAGCCCCCCAUCAACAGCACCACCAUCCAGAGAAGACGAGGUGCUCCGAGACGAGCUUCUGUCAUCCAGUGGGUCUGAUGCAGAUCCACUGGACGAGGACUUCAAACCAUCUCCAUCGCCAUCAUCCAUUGAAGAUGAGUUGCUUGCACUAGAGUCCCAGUCAUCCUGCCACAAUACUCCAGAGAAGCACCAUAGUCAUGCAUCAUCCAGUGAAACUGACACCAGAGAAGCUGAGAACCAGAAGGCCAAAGGUGAAGCCGUUCAAAAAGGUACAAAGUCAAAAGGAAAAGGAGGGAUGUUUAAAGAUGAUAAAAAGAUAACCGUUAAAAGAAGCGGAACAAAGGAUGGUGCCAGAGUCUGGGACAAAGUCCAUUACUGUGUCGUCUGUGAAACGGCUCAACUGAAGAUAGCUAGACAUCUAGAAAGAAAACAUAUUAUGGAACGCGAUGUCGCCUAUGCUUUUAGUUUCCCAGUUGGCUCAAAACAAAGGAAGAUUCUGAUAGAAGGCCUUCGUAAUAAGGGUGACUGGAAACACAAUCGCAUGGUCUUCGAGGAAGGAAAUGGUGAGAUCGUAGUAUGGAAACGGCCCUCCGAGAAGGCAGACAUAGAGAGCUACCUACCAUGUCAACACUGUUAUGCAAUGUUCAAGAGGACUAAACUCUGGAGACAUCUGAAGUCAUGUAGAGAACAGAACGAGGAAAGAAAAAAUGGCAAAAGAGUACAAAAAUCUUCCUCGCAUCUACUUCCACGCAAAUCAGGCCAAGUACAAAAGAUCAUCCACUCUAUGAAACAAGAUCAUGUAAGCUCUCACAUCAGAAGUGAUGAGAUGAUUUGUGUGUAUGGAGAUGCAUUACUUGCAAAAAAGGGCCGUGUAGAAUCUCAGCACAGAUACAUUGGACAAAAGCUGAGAGAACUAGGACGCUUUAUGUUGGCUGCCAAGGAGAUUGAUGAGCGUGCCCAAACUCUUAAAGACAUUUGUGAUCCAGCAAAUUUUAAACUGGCAAUUGAAGCAGCCAGACACGUGUCAAACUAUGAUGUAAACAAAAACGAAUAUGGAAGGCCAUCGAAAGCUGUUAAAAUUGGGUUUUCACUCAAAGGGGCCACUGAAGCCUGGAUAGGCCACUGCUUGAUGGACUCUGAUGUCAUAACUGAGAAGGCCAAAAAGUUCAAGGAGUUGCUGGAGAGCUCAUGGUCCAUUCAUGUGUCGACUAAUGCUCAUAGCUCAUUGGAGCAACGGCGGUGGGGCAAAGAAGACACUUUACCUCUGACGGAGGAUGUUAUCACUCUCCAGAACUACCUGAGGACCGUUGAGGAUGAGGCAAAGGCCGAGUUAACAGAGCGUGUGAGUACUACAGCAUACAGGAAGUUAAGUGAGAGCCUUCUUGCACAAAUAAUUGUGUUCAAUAAUAAGCGUGAAGGAGAAGCAUCACGUUUAACCCUUGAGACCUAUCUAAAAGCAGACACCGGUCCUGUUAAUAAGGACAUUUAUGAGACUCUGUCGCCUGUGGAAAAACAAAUGAGCCACAGACUGACACGUUUGGUGACUCACGAAAGGAGAAGCAGAAAGGUGCCCAUCCUUCUUCUUGAGCGCACAAAAGCUUCGCUUGACUUCCUGGUUGAAAAACGGAGGGAAGUUGGCAUACUUGAGGAGAACCCCUUUCUGUUUGCCAGGCUCAGCACAACAACCAAUCUCCGUGGGUGGGACUGCCUCAGAAGAUCUGCAGAAGAGAGCAAGGCCAAAAACCCAGAACUGCUGAGAUCAACAAGGCUGAGGAAACGCGUUACUGCCAUAUGUCAGCUUCUCAACCUCAGCAAUCAGGAACUUGAGCAAGUUGCUCGUUUUAUGGGACAUGAUAUCGGAGUCCACUGCGAGUAUUAUCGACAGACCGAUAAAACAGUCCAAGUGGCCAAAAUCAGCAAACUUCUGUUUGCGAUGGAGCAUGGAGCAGAGUCACUGAAAGGGAAGAGUCUGCAAACACCGGACUCCGUUAUCAGUGGCAAGAGACACGCAGUCACCCCAACUAAAGAUCAGAAAGGUGUCAAAAAGAGAAGGACGUCAGAUGCAGGAAUUCAACAGGAAGCUCAUGAAGAUGGACUGGUGCACCAGGAGAUCGGUGAGGGACAAAUGGAGAGAACUGCAGAAAAACAUGAUGAUGAUGAAAAGGAUCAAAAAGGGCAUGCUAAGAGGCUAAAGCAAUCCCCUAAGAAGAGCCAGAAGAAGACUGCAGUUAUAAGACAACGCAGUGAUGUUGAUGCUCCAGAAAGAGUCGUCAAGAACCGAAGUAAGAGACCCUGGAAUGACCAGGAGAGGACGGCAGUCAAACGACGCCUUGCCAAGUUAAUCUCCCUUAAAAUGGUUCCAGGAAAGCAGGACUGCCUGAUGUGCAUUGCCAAAGAGACUCCAGUCCUAAGUGCACGGACGUGGAAAGAUGUGAAGUAUUUUGUAUACAAUGAAAUUGUUAAAGUUAAAAGAAAGCUUGCAUUAUGAAUGAACGGACUUUGAGUUUCCCCCCUCUGUUGUAUUCCCGUGUCUUAAAGGGUGAAUUGUCUGUUAGUUUGUUCAUUUGUUAACACACUAACAACUUAAUAAAUAAACCAGCAUUGAUUAUUAUUG